AUGCUGCUACUCUUGAUGUGGCGGCCGUCUACCUGCCAAGAUCCUACUCUUGCCUUAUGGUCACCCGCAAAUGAGAUUGUCAAGUACGAAACACAUAGUUCCACGCCUUACUUCUUCAACAGGAGUCCCUGGCUUGGGACCGAUAAAGAGAACCUUGAUAUUAUGUGGGCAGACUUGUACGAUUACGGUACAUCCGGAAUUACCAAGGAGGAAGCCUCGAAGCUGCUCAAUGCUACUGUGACAGCCCCAUUGGCCGAUGACAUACAUCUCAUCGAGCUCCAAGUGAUUCACGAUCUCCACUGCUUGAACAUGCUGCGCAAAGUCGCAUACCCGGACCAGUAUCCCGAGAUGUGGGACCACUACGAGAACGGGACUGUAAAUCACAACACGACGCAGUCCUUCCAUAUCGAUCAUUGCAUCGACUCACUGAGACAAUCCUUACAAUGUACAUCUGAUGUCACGCCUAUCAAGUGGAUCCAUCAUCCCGACGACGACUAUCACGUCUUCCCUUUGGUGUGGUCAACAAGGACUUGUCGUAACUUUGAAGCUAUCAGAGAAUGGGCUAUGAAGAGACAGGUUCCUGCCUGGAUAUUGGAUUUCGAUCGUAAAGGCAUAUCUAACGCUGCUUGA